AUGUUUAUCGACCUGAACAAACUCUUAAAGCUAGGCUUUAAAGGUUCGCAUUUCCAGCAACACACAAUCCGUUUAUUCUUAUCUACUUGUCCUCGGUUUCCACCAGGUCAAACGGUCCCAGUUUCGUUUGACGAUACCAUUCAUCACGUGUCGUCUUUGAUAAACCAACCCAAAUGGGAAGAAAGCAAGCACCUGAAACUGAUUGUUUCUCACAUUCCUCCUUUGGUUGCUUCCCGUAUUAUUGCGCAGCAGAAAGACAACAUUGAGCUCGGGUUUCGGUUUUUCAGAUGGGUAUGCAAACAAUCCUCCUAUUGUUAUCAUUUAGAGGGCAGAAUUAAUCUACUGCAGUUGAUGGUAUGUUGUAACUUAUUUGUUGCUGCACAGAAGGCCGUUAUUUUUUUGAUUAAGGAGUGUAGUGGAGAUGAUGAAAUUGAGAAGUUAAUGGGUGCGCUUGACGACAUGCGAGAGACUGGGUUUAGGCUGAACUACCCUUGUUACAGCACUCUCUUGAUGUGUUUAGCUAAGUUCGGUAUGGGUCCGUUGGCAUUUCGGGUCUCUAGAAGAAUGGCACGUGAUGGAUUUGUUCUAGGCCUUAUUGACUACCGAUCCAUAAUUAAUGCCCUGUGCAAGAAUGGACUUAUACAACCUGCUGAAAUGUUUCUAUCGAGAAUUUUGAGGAGUGGGUUCACUUUGGAUGUUCAUAUUUAUACAUCUUUGGUGUUAGGUAGCUGCAGGUUAGGUGAUCUUUCAGAAGCCUUCCGGGUGUUUGAUAUAAUGUCUAAAGAGGAUGGAUGCAAUCCCAACAGCGUUACAUUCUCGGUUCUGAUCCAUGGUCUAUGCGAAGCUUUUCAGAUUGAAGAAGCAUUUCGAAUGAAGCAAGAAAUGAUUGACAAGGGUUGCCUACCAAGUACCCGUACAUAUACCAUACUGAUUAAAGCUCUUUGCGGCAUAGGAUCAAUGGAUGAGGCUUUAGGUUUGCUUAAUGAGAUGGUUAUAAAGGCAUGUAAACCAAAUAAUCACACAUAUACAGUACUGAUAGCUAUGUUGUGUGCGGAAGGAAGGAUUGAAGAGGCUAAUGGGAUGUUUAGAGCGAUGUUAAAAGAUGGGUUGCUUCCUGGCACGGUCACUUACAAUGCAUUGAUCAAUGGUUACUGCAAAGAAGGGAAGGUUGAAUCUGCUUUUGAGCUACUGAGUGUGAUGGAAAGGAGAAAUUGCAAGCCUAAUAUACGCACAUAUAAUGAGCUAAUGGAAGGUCUCUGUAGGGUUAAUAUGCCUUACAAAGCUUUGUUAUUGUUGAGGAGGCUCCUCGAUAAUGGCCUAUUGCCUGACAGAGUAUCAUACAACAUUCUGAUUGAUGGAUUCUGCAGGGAAGGGCAACUUAGAAUGGCUUUCAACAUUUUGAAUUCAAUGGAGAGACUUGAUCUUGAACCUGAUGGAGUUACUUAUACUACAUUAAUUGAUGGGCUCUGCAAACAAGGGAGACUGGACCAAGCAAAUGGGAUAUUGGGGUUGAUGAUGAAGAGGGGAAUAUCUCCUGAUGAAGUGACAUGGACAGCUCUAAUUGAUGGGUAUUGUAAGAUUGGCAAAGUUGCAAAUGCUUUUAUGUUUUUUCAAAAGAUGGUUGAUCACAGUUGUCUGAGAAGCCCACAUGCAUUUAACUCUUUCCUUGAUGUUCUCAGUAAACAACUCAGGGUGAAUGAAUCAAAUGCAAUGUUGGGCAAGAUGGUGAAAUCUGGUUUAGUUCCUUCUGUGGUGACUUACACAACAUUAAUUGAUGGACUUUGCCGGGCAGGUUGUACUAGGCAUUCACUGAUUGUCUUAGAGCUUAUGAAACAAGUUGGUAGUCUACCAAAUGUUUACACCUACACUGUUGUCAUCCACAGCCUUUGCCAACAAGGUAGAGUGGAGGAAGCAGAGGCUCUUCUCUUUAAGAUGAGCCUUCUAGGACUAUCUCCAAACUACAUUACGUAUUCUAUAUUGGUGAACUCACAUGUUAAAGCUGGUAAGUUGGAUAGUGCCUUUAAGAUUCUAAGUACCAUGGUGAGAAAUGGUUGUCAACCAAACAGCUGUAUCUAUCAUUCACUGCUUACAGGGUUUGUUAUGCAAGGCAGAGAACUAAAUCCAGAACCUAUGAGAUCUCCAAGUGAUAUAGGUGGUGCUGACUUAACUAUGAGGGAGAAUGGUGAAGCUUAUGAUUUUAAUCAUGCUUUAAGGGAGAUGGAUAUUGGUAGUGCUUUUGAACUUCUUGAUAAGAUUAAGAAAUGUGGCGGCUCCUCCAUGGAUGUGUACAAUAUUUUAGUUAUGGGUUUAUGCAAAGUGGGAAGAAUGUCAGAAGUGGGUCAUCUAGUCAAAGAUAUGGCAAGUCAUGGUCUGUUUCCUGAUAAAACUGUUUGUUCUGUGAUCAUUGAGCACUUUGGGAAGGAGCACAAAUUUGAUUACUGCCUUGAGUUCAUCAAAUUAAUUGUCAAUGAACGUAUAAUUCCUUCUAUUACAUCUUACUGUUCUGUGAUACUCGGACUCCGCAAAGAAGGGAAGGUUGAAGAAGCCCAAAGACUAGUCUCUGAUCUCUUCAAAUUCACUGACAUUGGGAAGAAAGCUGCAGUUUCACCCUAUAUUGAGUUUUUGGUAAAGGAAGAUCAGCCCCAUGAGUUCAUUGAGCUUAUAAAAGAGGUUGAGCAAACAUAUCGGUGUGACAGGCCAAUUAUCUAA